AAGGCGGCGUGCUGUUUGGCAUGUUAUUUCUAACCUUAAAGUAAUUUUUGUUUACCUUUGAAUAUACAUGAAAUUAAUUUUUUGUUGCAGUUAGAUAAUUUAAUUUCAUUUAACAAUGGGAAAGCGUAAGGGGAAAUGUGUGAAAAGAAAUACUGCUACUAAAGAGGCUCUAGAACCUGACCAUUUAGUAAAGGCGCCACAUUCAUUCGUUAUACAUAGAGGAAAAUGUUCGAAAGAUCUUAUGGAAUUAACUAAAGACUUUAGGAAAAUAAUGGAACCGUUUACCGCGUCACAGCUAAAGGAAAGAAAGAAGAAUACAAUCAAAGACUUCCUGUCUGUGUCAGGCUACCUGCAUGUGUCUCACAUGAUGGUGUUCACAGAAACGGAGCUGGGCUCGUACAUGCGGCUCGCUCGGCUGCCUCGAGGACCUACACUCACAUUUAGAUUGCAUAAUUACAGUUUGGCCCGAGAUGUUGUCUCAUCUUUACGGAAGCAAUAUGUGAUGUCAAGAGCAUUUAAAAGUGCACCUCUCAUUGUCUUAAACAGUUUCUCCGGAGAAGGCAACCAUAUGAAACUCAUGGCUACCAUGUUUCAGAACAUGUUUCCUACAAUUAACAUAACAACAGUGAAACUUAAAAACAUCAGACGUUGUGUUCUCAUGAACUACAAUCCGACUACAAAACUAAUUGACAUGCGACAUUACGUCAUCCGUGCGAUACCUGUAGGUCUCAAUAAAGGGACUAAAAAGAUGGUUCAAGGUAAAAUACCCAAUUUGAACAGAUGCAAGGAUAUGUCGGAAUUCUUUGACAAAGCGGCAUUGAUGUCGGAGAGUGAGUUUGAAGAUGAUGCGAACGCGCAAGUGACGCUGCCUCAGAGUCUGGCCUCGCGCGGUGCCGCUGCAGACUCCAAGUCCGCCAUACGACUGGUGGAACUAGGCCCCAGGAUAACUAUGCAGUUGAUUAAGGUAGAAGAUGGUCUAAUGGAUGGAGAAGUUCUUUACCACGAACUUAUAGAGAAGACGGAAGAAGAGAAAGCUUUUAUAAAGAAGAAGAGAGAAGAAAAAAGACGUCUGAAGGAGAAACGUAAAGCGCAGCAAGACGAGAAUGUGAAACGUAAACAGCACGAAAAAGAAGAACUAAAGCAGAAAGCGCUAGAGGGUAUCAAGAAGAAGAAAGAACUUACUGAAAACCAGAGAUUAAUGGAGUUAGCGGCUGCGGAGACUGCGACUGGUGGUGAGGUGGAGGAGGACGACGCGGACUACUACAGGCAGGAAGUCGGCGCUGAGCCUGAACAAGAUCUCUUCAGUCAAAAUCAAUCAAGGAAACGACAAAGCGACGAACCGGCGAGAGGUUUUAAAAAAAUGAGAUUAGAUAAGAAAUUAAAAAAGAAAUAUCAAAAGAACGAUGACAGCGCCCAGAAAUCACAGCACUAUGGUAAAAGAAGAUUCGAGAAUAACGAAGAAGGCAAAGGAAAUUUCAAGAGAAAUAGAGAUGGGAAAAGAUUCAACAAAAACGAAGACUCGAAUAGACAAAGACAAGGGAAACAGAAAGUAUUUGGUGGAAAAAUUAAUAAAUUCAAUAAAGGGAAAGGUCGGGAAAAGAAAAUGUCAAAAGGUAAAGGAAAGAAUAGGAAAUGA